AUGGCCACCACCAAGUCCGGCCAGCCCUUCGACCGCGCCGUCUGCGAGAGCCUGCUGCGAAGACGCCUCUUCUACACCCCCUCGUUCGAGAUCUAUGGCGGGGUAUCUGGUCUCUAUGACUACGGCCCGCCCGGCUGCGCUCUGCAGGCCAACGUCGUCGACCUGUGGAGGAAACACUUCGUCCUGGAGGAGGACAUGCUCGAGGUAGACACCUCGAUGCUGACCCCGCAUGAGGUGCUCAAGACCAGCGGACACGUCGACAAGUUCGCCGACUGGAUGUGCAAGGACCCCAAGACGGGAGAGAUCUUCCGCGCAGACCAUCUGGUGGAAGAAGUCCUGGAGUCGCGGCUGAAGGGCAACAAGGAGGCUCGCGGCCAGAAAGUAGUGGUCGACGAGGAGAAGGACGCAAAGCGGAAGAAGAAGGUCAAGGAGACUAAGGUCGUCAAGCUGGACGACGCCGUCGUGGCCGAGUACGAAGAAGUCCUGGCUCAGAUUGACAACUAUGAUGGCCCAGAGCUCGGUGCUCUCAUCGUCAAGUACGAUAUCAAGAACCCUACAACCAACGGCGAGCUGCUGCCCCCAGUCUCGUUCAAUCUUAUGUUCCAGACGGCCAUUGGCCCCAGCAGCAACCUCCCCGGCUAUCUUCGACCCGAGACUGCCCAGGGACAGUUCCUUAACUUCCAGAAGCUCCUCGAGUUCAACCAGCAGUCUAUGCCCUUUGCGUCUGCCUGCAUUGGCAAGUCCUUCCGCAACGAAAUAUCCCCGCGAUCUGGCCUCCUGCGUGUGCGAGAGUUCUUGAUGGCGGAGAUUGAACAUUUCGUCGACCCCGAAGGUGGGAAGAAACACCCUCGCUUCCAUGAAGUAGAGGAUGUGGAGCUGGAAUUCUUGAACCGGGAAGUUCAACUCUCCGGCAGCACGGCUACAACUAGGAUGAGCAUCGGAAAGGCUGUUUCUACCGGUCUCGUGGACAACGAGACCCUGGGUUACUUCCUUGCCCGUAUCUACUUGUUCCUUAAGAAGAUCGGUAUUGAUGAGUCCAAGAUCCGACUGCGUCAGCACAUGCAGAACGAAAUGGCUCAUUACGCAACCGACUGCUGGGAUGCCGAGUUGUUCACUAGCUACGGCUGGAUCGAGUGUGUUGGCUGCGCUGACCGAAGUGCUUACGAUUUGAGUGUUCACAAGAAGAAGACUGGUGCACCACUCGUCGUCAGACAGACCAGAGCCGAGCCCCUUCGAAUUGAGGAAUGGCAGGUCGACAUUGACAAGAAGAAGUUUGGACCUCGCUUCAAGAAGGAUAGCAAGACUGUCGAAAACGCAAUUGAGGCCCUGACUCAGGAUAUGCGAGAGAAACUUUCACUAGACCUUGAAAAGAAUGGCAAGAUAGAGAUUGAGGUAGACGGAGUUGGCGAGGGCAAAGUUGAGAUUGGUAAGGAUCUUGUUCAGAUCGAGAAGCGGAUGAGAGUAGAAAAUGUCCGUGAAUACACUCCCAACGUUAUCGAACCGUCGUUCGGAAUCGGUAGAAUCCUUUACUGUUUGAUGGAGCAUGCUUACUGGUCUAGACCAGAUGAUGAGGCUCGUGGUGUCCUUUCUUUCCCACCUGCAGUGGCCCCUACUAAAGUUUUGCUGGUCCCUCUCUCCACUCAUGCAUCUUUCCAGCCACUUAUCCAACGCCUAACUCUCAAGCUGCGUCGUCUCGGUGUCUCCAACCGUGUAGACGACUCGUCCGCGAGUAUCGGCAAACGCUACUCGAGAAACGACGAACUUGGAACUCCCUUCGGUAUCACCGCCGAUUUCCAGUCCGUGAAGGACAACACCUUCACUCUCCGUGACCGAGACACCACAAAACAGGUCCGCGCCAGUGAAGAUGAAAUCUGUAACGCCGUCAAGAGCCUCGUCGACGGUGAAGAGACCUGGGAGGAUGUCUUCAAGCGGCUGCCGGAGUUUACCGGUCAGGAAGUCGAGUAAACUCGUGCACUCCUUAGCUACAUACACUAUAUAAAAACUAUUGUAC